ACUCAAACACUCAAACACUCAAACACUCAAAUAUAAAGAGAGAGAGAGAGAGACACACACACACAAAAAAAAAAAUACACCGGAGACAAAGAGAUAGCAUGGCAAGCAGCACCAGUGCACCCAAAUCAUCAAAGUGGUUCUCCAACAAAGCGUUGAAGCUAAGUCUUCACAAACUCCGCCACCCCAAGAGUAGCAACAGCAGCAGCAGCUCCACAGCACCAUGCACUCAUCUUGAGCGCAGGAACAGCCGACGAGCCAACGAGUUCCGUGAAGCGUUCAGGCGCUUUGACGUGGACGGGGAUGGAAAGAUCUCUAGUGAAGAGCUUAAGUCGUUCCUUUGUUGGGCUGGUGACGAGGUGUCUUCUGAGGCUGCUGAGGCUGUGAUGAGGGACUUUGACAUGGACGGAGAUGGGUUGAUGGAUUAUGAAGACUUUGUUCGGUUGGUUGAGUCAGAGAGGGGGAGUGUUGCUGGGGAUGAGGAUCUUAGAAGGGCUUUUGAGAUGUUUGUGGCCGAGAAAGGAGCUGGUUGUAUCACGGCUGAUGGGUUGCAGCGCAUGCUGAGCCGUCUCGGUGAUGUUCGGUCCUAUGAAGAGUGUGCGGCCAUGAUACGUGCUUAUGAUUUGGAUGGUAAUGGUGUGCUUGACUUCAAUGAGUUCCACCGGAUGAUGAAUUAAUUGAAACUUUGAUCGGCUUCUUUCUUUCUUUGCUUCAUUAGUUUUUGGAGUAGGAGCUAGUUGUAGUAGUAGUACGUAGUAGUAGAAGAAGAAGAAGAAGAAGAGAGUCAUUGCUGGGUACUUUGGCAUGCAGUUAUUCUAGUGAGUUUUGGAGAAGUUUGCGAGUAGUUUGAGGUUUUGUAAUGAUCAAUGUGGGGAAGUAUGUGAGAUGAAUGAUUUAUUAAUGAAUGAGUUAUGUGUGGAGCCAUC